AAAACAGCGCGGUCCAGAAAUAGAGCAUGUACGGUGCCCCUAUCGUGGAUAAAAGGAAAGGUUUUCGUGUUGCCAAUCCAACUAUGGUUAUCGGUUAUGCAGCUCUGACGGUUUUACAAGCACUGUUGAAUGUUUAAGAAGAAGCAUAGCGUGCAAAACACGCCGGAAUUUGUUAAUAUUGUUUUUUUUACGAAUUAGUACCUAAUACCAACCCUAACCAGUCAUGGAUGAUGCAGAAUACGAUAACGAUGACGUUGGCGGCGAUGAUUUCGAUGAUGUCGACGAGGAUGUUGAUGAAGAUAUCAAUCAAGAGGAGGAGGUAGACAAUAUUGAAAUAAUUGCACCGGGUGGAGCGGCAGGCGGUGGUGUUCCCAAGUCCAAACGCAUCACCACCAAGUACAUGACGAAAUACGAGAGGGCGAGAGUUCUCGGCACUCGCGCUCUUCAAAUUGCCAUGUGUGCACCUAUUAUGGUGGAACUGGAUGGUGAAACAGACCCCUUGCAGAUCGCCAUGAAGGAACUAAAGCAGAAAAAGAUUCCCAUUAUAAUCCGCCGCUACCUGCCCGACCACUCUUACGAGGACUGGAGCAUUGACGAACUCAUUAUGGUGGACAACUAGCUCGUAAUUUACUUAAUUUCAUUAAAAUA